AUGAGAGAGAAGAUUGGGAAGAACAGUGGAUACAAAUACAGCCCUAUGCUGACAAGCCGUUGGGACCGCCGCCGUUGCUGCUACCGUUCCCGGGUCAAGCACGCCCACAACGCCGACUCCGGGGGGUCGCCCACCCACCCCGUCGCGGUGGACAACCCCUUUGCUGCUGCCCCAGACAAGGGACCUGCCAACAUUGCAGCCGCUGCCACCCAGCUUCACCAGUGUAGACAUAACCCCAGUGAGGAGCACCGAAAGAACCUGCACCAUCUACUGAAGAAACUGCCUCAAGAAGCGCAGGGACAAAUCUUCCCAGACACAGCCACAGACGCCAGACCGGGGAUAUUCAAUCUGCUACCCGAGAGCCAUAAACCUGGAAAUCCUGGACGUCCCAUCAUCUCAGGCCUUCACGUUCUUACAGCAGGAUUGUCCGGCUAUAUAGACUCUCUCCUGAGGCCCUACGCUACCGGCAAUCGUGGAGACACCACCGACUUCCUGAGGAAGCUACAAUCCAUUGGUGGUCUUGCAGAAAUCACCAGCCUAGCCACUGUUGAUGCAGAAGCUCUCUACCCCAACACUGCACACUACAAGCUGUCAGGAACCGUAUCCCCGCUGACAUCACGGCACAGCUGGUUGCUGAACUCUGGGCCUUUGCUCUCACUCUCAACCAUUUCCGAUGUCAUACCUUCAAGUCGGCGGCACUGCUCUGGGUACCCGCAUGGUCCCACAGUAGGCCAACAUUUUGAUAGCUGACUUAAAACAACGCUUUCUCAGCUCUUAUCCCCAGGUGCCCUUCUCUGAUGACGCCUUCAUCAUCUGGACCCCCGAGAAGGAAGCCUUUGAAGAAUUCCAUCAGGAUUUCAGCCAUUUCCACCCCACACAAGAGAUCCACUUCCUGGACACUACAGUGCAAAUAAUUGAUGGUCACGUAAAGCCCACCCUAUACUGGAAACCUGCUGACCACUAUACUUACCUACAUGCCCCCAGCUUUCAUCCAGAACACAUUGCACAAUCCUUUGUCUACAGCCAAGCCCUAAAAUACAACUACAUUUGCUCCAGUCCCUUGGACAGAGAAACACCUAGCAGUGGCUCCCAACCUGUGGUUCGCGGACCCCUGGGGGCCCACGACG